AUGUCUGUUUAUUCUGAGGCACGUAUGGCCAACGCCAGGUUCGACCGUGUCAGGAUGCUGUCUGGAGGCAUCAUGGUUGGUGCUGCCAUGCUCCUACCAGCUUUCCAGCACGAAGAGGCCUUUUACCGAUACCUCAUUUUAUGGCUCUUCGGGAUCUCUACAUUCGUCCAUAAUGCUCUUAUUUGGGAGGCCGUCGUCAAUUACUUUUUCCUGGCCCUGGUUAUGAUCGUUGCGGUUAUCUUCAUCAUGAUACCACAUUCCGACGUCUCGGCAUCUUUCCUGCUCGGCCGUGUUCCCCUUCUGAUAUCUUUAAUGAGCUUAUUUGUUGAGGAUUGUUCAAGGCGCUUCAACCAAAAUAAUCGCCACAGGAAAAAAGCACAGGACCCCAAACUGGUACCUCCUGGCGCUGAUAGUGAUAUGGAUGGACGCUCAUUCUUCAUGCUUGGCCACCGUGACGAGCUAUUUUCUCACAUGAAUGGCGGUGAGAUACGACAGUAUAAUGCGUCGAGCCAACACUCAUCAGACAUAUCUCUCUCAAAUCUUGGACCCGGACGACUACCGUCAUCGUGCGAUACUAUGAUACGUGAUUUCUGGCGGGAUGAAUCUGGGAGCCUCAAUGAGUGUGAAAAGGGGGAAGGGCAAGGUGAAGAAAGCCCAGAUCUUAACAAGGUUGUUUCGUUUUGGUGA